UUUAUGUAUAUUACUGAAGCGUCAAAUAGAAUAGAUCAUUUCAGUACACAUUUUGUUUUGUAAAUAAAAUUGUGUGUGAAUAAUAAAAAUGCAAGAAAUUAACGGUUCACAAUGGGACAUUAUGAUGAAUGUGCUCAUCGACAGUGGAAAAUAUUUGGAUAAAAAUGCAUACGCUUUUUCGGAUGAAAUGGGCACAGUUGAUUUUUUAAAUCAAAAUCCCGAUGUCAGUAAGAUUCUUCGUCGAUGGAUUGUUAAAUUGAAUGAAACACGUCCACGUUCCACCGAUCUCACGAAUCGACUUCGUCAAGGUGGUAAUCAAUACUUUGCAGAAAUUACCGAACCAUUCGAUGUUGCCGCCGAUUACUAUACAAAGGCCAUAUUUAGUGCACCAAAGAAUAGCGUCGAACUUGGAAUGGCUCACGCAAAUCGUGCCGCAUGUUUUUUGCGAAUUCUUGAUUUCAUGGAGGAAGGUUACUAUGAUUGUGAGCUUGCAUUAAAGUAUAAUUAUCCAAUAAAUAAACGCGAUAAAUUGCUAGAUCGAAAAUUUUAUCUAGCCAAAGAUGUAGCUAAAUGUGAAGAGACCAUUCACGAAAUGGAAGAAUUAAUCGAAAAGAAAAUAUUCACUGAAAAACAAAUGAAAUUAUCUUUGCGUCGCAAACAACUUGAAGAAAUGAGAAAUCGGCCGAAUGAAUCAAGCGAAACAACAAAAAAUGUUGAAAACUACAAGCAAAUGAUUAUAAAAACCGGAGAAUCAGUUGGUCGAUAUGUUGUUGCUGGCGAAGAUAUAAAAAAGGAGGAAAUAAUUUUUCGUGAAAAAGCAUUCGCAUUUGUGCCAGUUUACAAUGAUUAUCAUCCGGAUACCAUUCUAUAUCAUUGUCAAAAUUGUGCCAAAACAAAUUGUAUCCCAUUUCCAUGCAAUGAAUGUGUUCGUGCAACAUACUGUAGUCCAUUAUGUGUUGAACGACACAAAGCUAUCCACAAGUAUGAAUGUGUCGGUUAUCAGAAGAAUUUAUGGAUGAAAAUUGGUAUUGCACAUUUGUCAUUUCGUAAUUUUCUGGUUGGUUUUGCGGACGCAAUCGAAAGACUCGAUGAAAUCGAAUCGACACCGAUGCAGGUAUUCGAGAAAUUGUCAUCAAUAAACGAACCGGAUUUUGUGUAUGGCGAUGUAUUGCGGCUUGUCACGAAUUUUGAUAAAAUGGAUAUCAAUGAUUGUUUGCGCUAUGCACUGACCGCUGAAUUAUUAGCGGCCUAUUUGGACGAAUGCACCGAUUUCUAUACAAAUUUACCGGCAAAAUGUUCAAAAAUACUGGCGACCACUGAAUGGAAAAAAAUCACAGCAGCCCUCUUAAUGCGACACAUGGGCCAAUUGGUAUGCAAUGGUCAUGCAAUUGGUGAUUUUGAAUUAAUGCCACCGUCACAUUGCGAUUACAGUUAUCGUGAUACCGGAACCAUUAUGGUAAGCGAUAUUCAUCUUGUGGUAUCGUUUAACCGUGUUUUUACCGCCAUUUGUCCGACCGUCAGUAUGCUCAAUCAUUCAUGCAAACAAAAUGUUUAUAAUAAAUUCGAUGGUGAAUAUUUAAGCAUUUAUGCGCGUUACAAUAUUGCCAAAGGUGCAGAAAUUUUAAAUUGUUACGGACCAAAUUUUAAGCUAUUUUCGAAAUUAGAACGUCAAGCAUUGCUCAAGCAGCAAUAUAGCUUUGAUUGUAAAUGUGAAAAAUGCUUAAGUGACGAUCAAACAUUCAUGAAAUUUUAUGAAUAUAUUUGCCCAAAUGAGAAUUGUCGCGCAGCAAUUUCAAUCGAUGUUGAUCAUCAAUGGUGGUAUAAUUUAGACGAUCAUCAUCUUAUGUCACAAAUCGCUGGAAAAUUUCAUUGUAAAAAAUGCAAAAAGAUUUUUCUAUUAAAUCCAAGAUCGUUGAGAGAAUUCUAUGAAAUGACCAACACCGAAAAUGAUUUGGAAUUCCAAUUUUAUCGAAAACGACGAAAAACCGAAGCGGCUAUAUCUUAUUACAUGACCGUUUCAAAGUGUUUGAGCAAAUAUCAUGAAUUGAAAACAUUCAUGGCAAAAGCGAUACUCAGCUACCAAAUGAAUGCUGAUCAAAAAGAAUUAUUCAACUCACUUGCCUACAUUGCAAUGGAUAACUAUGUUAUAACACGAGAAAAAUUCGGUCCAUAUAGUUUGGAAUUAAUAAUGGCAUCAACAUAUGCAUUGAAUAUAUUAAAAAUGGCAAAAGUCAUCGAACAAGAUAAAAAAUCACAAAAUCAAUUGGCUGAAAUUCGAAAAAUCCGAAAAGUGCUCGAUAUAAGAAAAAUGUACAAAUCAUUCGCAUUAUUAUCGAAACAAAUGCAAAUCGUAUUCAAGAAUGCCAUCAAAGAAAUCGAUGAAACACCCCAGCUGGAUGAACUAACAUCUAAAUUAAAUCUUAACAACGAUGAUGAAAUCUAUAGCGAAGACUCGGAUUCGAUAGACUAAUUCCAAAAAUGUGAAUCACAUCAUUUUUAGUUUAUAAGAUAAAAAAAAGCACUGUAAAUAACUGAAUUGAAUAAUAAAA